AUGCGCAGGUUUACUCUCCAUCGGUUUAUUUCUGUGGCCUUUGCCCUGCGUAGCAGCAUUAGCAGCAUCAGCAGUGGUAGUAAUCAUGAUAAGAGUAGUGGUAGUGGUAUUGACAAUAGUAGCGUCAGCAAUAGUGAUUCCCUCCUUGAUGACAUCUUCUCUGAGCUAAGCACAUGUGAUAUAACGCAGCGGCAGAGUUCGCUCAAAACUCAGACAGUGUCAUCCUCAAAGGGAAUACACAAUAGCAAUAGCAACAACAAUAGCGGAACUGGAGUGUCCACAUCUGUGAAUACUGCUGCACCGGAAGAUGCUGAGAUACGGGCAGAGCUGGCUAAACAGGAGCACCUCCAACGACUCCUGCAGGAGACGCAUGACCAGACGGCGAUGACAAAACGUGAGGAGGUGAAGGCGGAGGAGGUGCGACGUCACUCCCGCUAUGUCGCUUCACCUCCAGCGGGAUUACAUCUUUCUACUGCUGAAUUGAUACAGGAAAAAUCACCACAACAUUUUUCCCCCGCAGAGGACUCCUCUACGAGACUUUCAUCGUUACCACAGUUGAACACACCCGGUUCUGUGGCUGUGGUAACGUUGGUAGGGAAAGUCCUCUCAGAGGCCACCAUGCACGGCAACGGGAAUUUAGAGGAGACCGACAACACAUCGGCAGCUGAAAAUGGUCCACAUGCUCGCAUGCUGGUGCAGUACAGUGUGCCGUUUCUUCCCACACCCACUCCCGUCACUGUGCAGGUGCGUUGUUACGGAGCAACAUUAGCAUCCUUCGUUCAGCAACACGUGCGAAUGGGGGAUUUGGUGCACGUUUUAGGACACGUAUUGCCUCUUCACGUGCAAGCCGCAGGGGAUCCCGCGUUUUGCGUCUGUGCACUCCCAGUGGGGGGUAACAUCUCCGUUGUAUUCUCUGCUGAGAGUGUCUCUGCGCAGUGA